AAGGCUCUUUUCACAAUUUAGAUCUCUCUCCCUCUUUGUUUUGUAUCACAAAUUAAGCAGUUGAAGAAUGGACUCUACAAUGGAACGGAGCUCUAACAUCAUCGAUCUGCCUAAUGAAGUCCUGGUGGAUAUACUUUUCAGGCUUGCAGUCAAACAUGUCCACCAACUUCAAACAGUUUCAAAGCUGUGGCUCAGAACUAUCUCUAGUCCACAUUUCAGAAGACUCUACAACAUGAAAUCCUUGAAUCGUCCUCGAGCACGUGUAGUUCAAGUAUCUGACUACAAGCAUUCACCGAGUGGCAUGGAAAUGAUUAGUCGAACUAUUUCUAUUUCGACCAUGGAUCUCGCUGUUGACAACAGCGAGAUCCAGAAAAAUUUCAGUUUUGAGGAUAUUAUUGCCCCUGAACACUCUUUCUUCAUCUUCUCCAACCUCAUCAUUUUCAAUCACAAGUGCUGUGGAGUUCAGAUUUGAGACCCUCACAUUAAGAGAUGGCGGACCAAUUCCUAGCUCUUGGCAAUCCCUAGCACACCAAGAAUGGUUUUCUUACAAGGUUCAUUCAACAUGUGUAAACAAUGUAAUUUAUUGGUUAGUUGGAAGAGCAGAUAGAAUGGAAAAUCAUAUUAUUUCGAUGGAAAUUGAGAAUGAAGAAUUCUUGAGUUCCGUCGGUUGCCCCAAAGAUCCCUAUUAUGAAGAGUUUCCAAUAAUUGAGAAUGGUGAGUUAGCUGAUUUGAAUGGGAAAUUAUGUUUAGCUUACCAAUCAGAAGAAUUGUCAAGGAUAGAUCUAUACGUUCUCAAGGAUCAUAAGAAGCAAGAAUGGGUCAAGGAACACAUCAUCAAUUUAUCAGGUAUGGGAAGUUUGUUCAAAAUAAUGGGGUAUGUACCAUUAAACGGUAACAAUGGUGAAAUUAUGAUUGACGGCGGGAAGAAGCCUCUCCUCUACAACAUUGAAGAGAAUAGGUUUAGAAAGCUGGCAAGAUCUAAAAUGAAUAUUCAUAUUGGUUUGUAUUUUGAUAGAUGUUUUAACUUAGGAAGCACAAGACUAACUUUUCAACAAAGGCAGUGAUUUGUUUUCCGAGGGAGAUCAACUCUGAGUAGAUAUGAGUUGAUCUUUGUAAUUUGUUUAAAUUUUCUUGUUCAAUGAACUAGUCUGAGGACUCAAGUCACCAACUUCCUUUGAACUUGGCUGCUAUAUUAUUACAACUA